AUGAAGUCUACGACUGCUUUUAUAUUCGCCCUUGCCGCGUCUGCCAACGCUCUGGGUAUCAACUGCCGCGGCUCCGGGCUCUGCCCAUCGGACGGCGCGGCCGGAAACCUGAUCAACCUCAAGGCUAUUGUCGACGGCAUUCAACCUCGCGGCCGCAGUUACAGCACCGGCCAGCAGAUUGCCUGUACCGGCUCUCUCUGCGCCUUCUAUCAGAAUGGCGCUACCGGAACCGCUGAGCAGGCCUCGGGCUUCAUGCAAGCGCUCCUUGACCACGGGUGCAAGAAAUGCGGGUCGUGCCCGACUCAACCUGGCAAUGAUGUCAAGAAUGGUGAGCUCACGGUCAAUAUUGUUGGCGAUCCUCAUUGCCAGGGGGCGUGUUAG